AACGCCAACCACACUAAUCAACUUUCCAAACAGACCUUUACUUCCUCGCCAUUUUUAAACUCGUCCGCCUUUUGGCCGCCAAUUUCAAACUUUCACUUCUAAAAGCAGCGAGCGAGCGCCUCUGCAAAUUUUUAUUUCUCUGAUUCUGAAGAGAGCUCAGUACGGAGAUCAAAUCUUCACAAUAAGAGAAGGAAACAAUGGCAACCCGUUUCACUCCGGGGCAGCUAAUCAUUCCAAAUGAAAAUUUGGAUGUCCACCACAAAAAGGAUGUUGAUGGUAAAACAAAGGGUUUGAAAACAGCUAUAAAGAAAGGUGGAGUAGGGCUUGGAGGUCGUAGGGCUCUUAAUGACAUCACAAACAAAGCAUCCCUUCAUUAUGAAGAAUCCUCGAGGAAAAAGGAUGUACCAAAAGAGGAACUCAAUGUAGCUGAGGAAAUGUUUUUGCAUGAUCACAAAAAAUGCAUUGAGGCACAAAAAAGUGCAAUGGAUACUUUUUACCUGGACAUGGUUCUUCCAGGACAUGAUUCUCUAUCUACUGCUGAACAUCAAGAGUCUAAACAAGCAAAGACUGAUCCUGAUAGCCCCCGCUGCUACCCUGAGGCAGUAGAAUUGCCCAUUUCUGAGUUUGCUGAUUGGUUAGCAUCUUCAAAAGAAUGGACCUCUCCUCCAUGCUCUCCAAUUCGUUGGGACUCUCCACCAUCCUCCCCUUUUGCAUGGGAAUCCGAAGCGGUUGAAUUCAUUCUGAAGCAAGAAAUUGGUGUUUGAAUGUGAUUUCUUUCUUAGAUUUUAUUUGUUCGUAAAAUGUAACCCACAUUUGUACUCAAAUCUCACAUUUCAUGCUAACGAUUCUUUCAAUUUUUAUGAGAUCUAUAACUAGAUUG